UGAAUCUUUAUUUAAUAUAAUAUAUUUAUAUUACGCUAUAGUUCGAAGAGCUUGUAAUAUAUUCCCGCACAAUGACUUCUGUAUAAUUUUUUAACGCUUCAACCCUUUUACACGGAUUGUUUUGUUUACACAUAUUUCAAUUGAUAAACAUGUGCGAUCUCUGGAACGAAUUUGAAUUAAAGAAGCCUCCGCAACUCACAGUGACUGUUGCAAGUAAGGAUGCACCAAGUGUGCGACGUUUGCAGACGACAAUUCAACAAUAUUUUCGUCGUCAUCGUCCUCAAGAAGUGGAGUUCGCCGAGACCUCUGCUCUUUUAGGAAGAUUAAUGGCACGUCGAAAGAACUCAUUUCAUGGCAUGAUGGGUUUUCGAGCGAUUGCAAAAUGUAAUGCUGCUACAUGUCGACUGCUCCGCAUUGAUCUCACGCGAGAACUUGAGCUUUUUCACGGAUCUUUGCCUGAUUUCGUGCUCAACUCCUCCGACACGAUAGAGAUGCCAACACAAAAUAACUUCAAUUAUGUGCUAAUACGUUUACUCAAUACUCAUGGGGUGUAUGAGCGCAUUCGCGAAUGUUGCCUACAAGCCGCUGAAUACUUCGCCAAAUUGCUUCGUAAUAACUUCUUCAUGGAUACAAUCGUCCUCUUGUUAGCAGUCCUAGCAAAACUAUAUAGCCUGAGUGCAUUGUUGGGUAAUAAGUGUGUUGAACUUUACAACCAGUUGCGACCGAUGCGCGUGAAAUUUCCACUUUCAGAGAAAAGUGUGCACUGCGAUAUAAAUAUGCCAGAAAAAUUGGAACAUUUCUCAGAAAAUCAAACGUUGGAUAUACCUCAUACAGAGAGUACUUUCGUUAACACUCCAACAACAAAUCCGCUGACAGCAGUACGAUCUUCGAAGGCAAUGAAAAUGCUAAAACCCCUAGAUGUGGGCACAGAGGUAAGCAGACCUACUAAUCCCUCAACGCAGACGAAGACUUUCAAUGCGGACGUAGUAUUAGCGACCGUUGAAACGGCGAAACGUUUUAUCCUAAGCGAAAAUGUGUCACGGAAAAAGUCUCUAAAACAGAGCAUAACUAAAGAUAUCAUGCCUCAUGAGUGGAUGGGAGCGACACGUCUAUUCGAAAGGAAAUUAUUAUCUAAUGAUCACAAAAAAGCUUUAAGCAUAUUUAAAAAAUUUAUAGUAAACAAAAUUUCGUAACAUAUAUUAUUCCGAACAAACUUAUUAUCCGCAUACAGUGGACGAUACAGUUCCAAUCACUUUAUGAUUUUGUGGACGACAUUUCUGCAAAUAUUUUUGUUUAAAACAUGUGCAUAAUAAAAUAUUUUAUUCAUAAAUAUUAAAAA